CAAAGUUUCAGUCCGAGACGAGAAUCCCUGGCGAUAAGCAGCAGCAGCAGCAGACAGAAGCAGCAGGCAGGCCAGCAGCAGCUCCUUCGCGCAGAGCCGCCGGCAACUCUGCUUCUUUUUUUGCCCUGUUUGUGAGGCAAAUAUACUUGAAACGCAACAGUCGGUAGUGCAACUAUUUCAAACAAUUUUGGAAACAUUUAAGGAGUUUUUUUUUUGCUGGAGGAGGCAGCUCAUAUUUGCAGCAAAGUCUGGGGGCGCCUAAAUUGGGCAGCUUCAUCAUCGCAACGCUAAUUGUACCAGUUUUGGAUCUACUGGAAUCUAUUUUGGGCCUAGUCGGCCCCUUGGAUGUUAGCGAGUUUGGGCACGGUGCAAAAAUGGUUUAAAAUUUGCGGAAACGUGUAAAUUUUGGUGGUUUGGAGCGCACCAUGGUCAACUCCCUCCUACAGUUUGACAACGAUCUGAUGGAUUAACCCCAGUUGAGAUGUGAACGAGUGACGAAGAAAUUGCUGUUUUAUUUUUAGUUUGAUUAUGAUUUCCGUGAAAACCCUAGGAUCCACCCUAGUGCAGUACUUAACCCAACUAUAAUAAAUCUAGCUGUAGUGAAAAGAGAAAAAAAUAGUAAAAAUCUGUGAUACGUCUAUGAAAUCAUAUGACAAUAAUUACGUGUGCAGUAGAGUGAAUCAAAAAGUGUGUUUAGUGUGUAAAAGUUAGCUAGCCAAGAAGCCAAAUAAAAGAAAAGAAGAAAAAAGUUCAAUUAUCAAAACCCCAUUAGCGCAAGAAAGGAAAAUUUUCCGCGCGCUCAUCCAGCCCCAAACGUGAUUCUGUCCGCCAUUUUGAAAACGUAAGGAUUUUUCACGGAACCAGUCAGCCAGCAAGCAGAACCUCGCGCUCUCCUGUUCUCUCUCGUGGUGGCGUUCUACCAUCACCACCCCGUGGGGUUCGGAAUUCCGAGCAUAGAAAGAAGAAAACCCAAAAGUUUUGCCACAAUGCACGGCAGGACCUCAAACCACCGCCACCAGGAUGGUGGCCACGAUGGCCGCAGCCCGAACCGGCCCCAGCUAUGGCGCCCCCAGACAACGACGACACCGACGACGACGAUUACUAAUGUUGCACAAACCAGAGCCAGGGAUAUCGUCCUAGUGGGAUUAGCGAUGGCACUCCUACUAGCCGCGAACGUGGAAUCCAAAGCACCGGACCAUUACUACGGACGCGAAAUCGGACGAAUCAACAGUUUUGGCCACGGGGUUCAGGGCCGGGUGUACGCCGUGGACGAGUCAACGCUGUUCGUGAAGGGCUUCGCGUACGACGGAAGCGCCCCGGACGCGUUCUUCUGGGUCGGUAACUCGCCCCGGCCGAGCCCCGAGGGCUACAUCAUCCCCUACCCGGAGGAGUACACCGGACGGGAACCACCAGCACUGGGAGCGCACGAGAACUCGGACAUUAUACUGAAAUUGCCGAUGGGCAAACGAAUCCGGGACAUCCGCUGGCUGUCGGUGUGGUGCAGGCGAUUCACGGUCGACUUUGGCGAAAUCUUCAUUCCGCCAGGUCUAGAGGUUCCCAAGCCCCGAGUCCUACCAGAGUUCAAACGGCUUGCCCACGGGCUCCGCUCCAGCAACAUCAGCAUCUUGGACGCCAAGACGUUCUACAUCCCGAACCUACACUACGACGGUGCCGGACCGGACGCGUACUUCUGGGUCGGCAACGGGUCCGAGCCGAACAUCAUGGGUAUCAAAGUUCCUAACGAGAUUGGCUCGCUGGAACCGCUGCGGGGCUACCAGGGCGAGGACAUCGAGAUCCAGCUGCCCGGGAACUUGACCAUGUACGACAUUGACUGGCUGGCGGUGUGGUGCGUCGAGUACCGGCACAACUUUGGCCACGUCUACAUCCCGAAGGAUCUGGAUAUUCCGCCGGCGCUUGGACAGACCAAGAUCGCGCCGCCAUGGUGGUACAAACCGACCACAUCGUCGACGGUGCCGACCGUCAUAGCGCAUGGGACGACGUCCAAACCCAAGGACGUCAACUGUCGGGAGUUGCUGCCGGGCAAGAUGAACGUCAAGUGGGCCAUCGUCGGCGAGUACGUGGAGAUCGAGCUGAACGGUCGCAUCUCGGAGGAUCAGUACAUGGCGUUCGGGAUAUCGGGCAAGAACGGUCAGCCCAUGAUGAUCGGGUCGGACGUGGUGGUGGCGUUCUACGACAAGAAGCAGCGUCGGUUCCGCGCCGAGGAUUAUUACAUUUCGGCGCUGUCCCAGUGCGACGGAAAGCACGGUGUUUGUCCGGACGAGCGGAUAGGUGGCAAGAACGAUGUGGAGUUUGUUUUUGGUGAUCGCAGUCACGGUGUGACCACCGUCAAGUAUCGUCGUCUGCUGCAAACGAACGAACCGAUCAACGAUCAGGCCUACCCGUCGGAUCGACAGAUCUCGGUGAUUGCGGCCGUUGGACCGCUGAACUCACAGGAGGAGGCCAACGCCCACAACUUCCGGGACGUGACCGCGGACGACAUUCAGAUCAACUUCUCCUCGAAGGACGAUCAUACCUGCAAGGACGCCCUGGACAGCAUCCGCCAGGAGGGAGGGCCGGACGUUUGGCCAACGCGGGUCAUCAACGGGGAACGCAACAUUACGGCCAAAAUUGGACCGACGGGUGGCAAGCGAGGCUACACUCCGCUGACCGGCCAUCCGUCGUGGGGUAUCGCGUGGUACCUGAACGACAUGUUGAUCCCCGAGGUUUACGUAGAGCGAGGCCAGACGUACACGUUCCUGAUCGAAGGCGGAGAUGACUCGACGCAACCGGCCAAGUACCAUCCGUUCUACAUUACGGACUCCAGCGAAGGUGGAUACGGUCAACUGACCGAUGGGCAGCGAAGACGUGAGACGGUCUACGCCGGGGUCGAUUUCGACAAGGACGGCUACCCCUUGCCAACGGCUGCUGGUCGCUACUGCGAGUGGAAGCACCGCUCCGUGGACAGGUCGGACGAGAUUGCCAAGUUCGAGGACUACAUGAAGACGCUGUACCUGGCGUGUGACGAGACGGACUCGCCGCCCGUCUACCUGAACUGGACCGUCGCGGACGACACGCCAGACAUGGUGUACUACCAGUGCUACACCCACCGAAACCUGGGCUGGAAGAUCCACGUGGUGAACCCGGGCAUGACCGGCAAGUUCAACGGGUCGCAUGGUUUGUUCGCCGUGAGUUCGCACAGUAUAGCUCUGCUGGUGGCGGCCGUCGUCACCAGUCUGCUCAUGGUCGCCUCCGGACGGCGCCAGUUCUGAUAGUAACUACUGUCCAUUUCGGGAAAGUUCCGAGCCUCGAACUCGGCAGUGCCAGCGCAAACGCCAACGGCGGCGGCGCCGGUGUAGGCUUAGUAGCGUAGCUAAAAUUUAAACCAAUUUCCGACGGACAGAUGGCGCUCGCGUAACGCGUGCUCUGUGGCGGUUUGAGUCUUGGGAGCGAUCGGUUACUAUAUAUCAGGGGUGCCCAACCUUUUGGCCCUGCGGGCCAGAUCUGAUUUUUCUGAAGCAGUGGCGGGCCGGAACUAAUAUUUGAUAAAAGUUGAUAAAUUAAACUCAUUUUUUUCAUUUUUUUAUGAU